UUUUUUUUAGAAUUGGGUUCCAGCUACCAUCCGGCGACGGUACCUCAAGCCUCCGUCGAUGUUGCUGGAACUGGAAGCGGGAUUCCAGGAAGUUUUGAGUAAAAGCAGGUGGAGCCUGAAUUCAUCCAGCCGGUGACAAGAGGGACAUGUGGCAAGACGGGUUUCAACCAUUGCCAUUCCCUUCUUUUAGUCGACGAUAAGCUCGGGGUGGCGCGAAGGCCUCGUUUUCCCCUGACCAUCAACGCUGCUAAAAAGUAGGUGGCUGUUCCUAACUGCCCCCACGUUAUAAUCCAAACUCGAUCGGUUCGAGGUCCCUUUUUUGUUCGGAAUCGAUCUCAGAUGAAUUGACGACCCUGCUGCAGGACAAGGAGGAGGGCAAAAACAAUGUCUGAAUCGGAAGGGCCGAGACAUGUGGAGGAGGGCAUUUCUCCUCUUCACCACGGUCGAGAUGUCGCAAAUGGGCACCGGUCAGCACCUGUAACUCCAACCUUCGCAAGCGGCUUCGACUUUGAAGAUGAUCACGAUCACCACCACGAGAAGAAGUCGGUUCUGACCAAGGUGAAGGAGAAGGCUAGGAAGUGGAGGCACGUUCUUGCUAAGAAGAAACAUGGACAUGACAAUGACAAUCCCACCCCUCCAUGGGGAGUAAGCUUGGACGAAGAGGAUGACGAACAAGAUCCUGAAUACCACGGCGCUCCAAUGUAUGAAUCAGAGACGGUUCCUGACGCCUACAAAGAGGGAACUUCCCAACAUCGGUCGACGGCAGUACAGAGUCCCAGUGCACUCGAGAAAUCGGUAGUUUUCCAGCACGACAACGCUGACAAGGAACCAGAAAUGAAGCAAGGCGACGACAUGCUCGAACAACCGGUUCUGCACCACCUCGACGCGAUCAAGGAGACAUCAUGCCCCCAUGCUAAAUCUUUGUUGCACAGCCCGGCCGCACACCAAGAUCCUGUCGGAGAGAGCGGUACCGAUAAGACGCUGGCCGAGACCGUAACGGGGAUGCUUGCACCGGCGUACACCAUGGUCUCGGGGGCGACACAGAUGAUAGCUUCAAAGAUCCAAAGCCCAGGAACUGGGUAUGAGUCGGGAGCAAAGCAGAUGUACGAUAAGGGGAUUUCGGUGAGGGAGUAUCUCAUGCACAAGCUGGAGCCUGGGGAAGAAGAUAGAGCACUCUGUCAGGUGAUCACCGAGGCUGUCAGCCCGAGGAAUGCCGGUCAGGCCCAGCGUGAAGUGGGUGUGGCGGAGAAGGUGAAGGAAGCCGUCUCUUCUUUGCUGGGAAGGGAGGAGGUAUCUCGUACUGAGACAAAUCCUCGUGCGCAUCAGAGGCCAAUCCAAGUUCCUGCCAUUAAUCCUUGCGUGCAGGAGGCAUCUGCCCCGCUUUCUACGAAUCUUCAUGCGCAUGGGUCGCCCAUCCCCGUCUCUAGAAAUCUUAAUGUGCAUGAGUCGCCCAUCUUAGAUUCUAAAAAUCUUCAGGAACAUGGACCGCCCAUCCCAGUCUCUACAAAUCCUUAUGCAGAAGAAGUCGAAAUUGACGGAAGGAGACUCCAAGCAUACACCAAUUAAGAGGCCCUGACGCACACAUACAUUAUCGUACUUUUUAUCUUUUAAAGAACCGGAGGAAAUCGUGGCCUAGGCGAUCUUUCAUAUCUUGAAUUGAUGUACCCCAAAUAAUGAGAUUUUAUUACCUUUUGAAUUCAACAGAACAUUGUUAUGAGCAAUGUUUCCAAUGUUCCAACUGUUAUAUAUUAACUAAUACUCUAUUAAUAACUCGCUUUUUUUCCU